UAGCAAACGAGCCAAAUAUUUAGUCGAGGAUAAAGCGAGUUUACAUGGAGGAACGUUGCAAGUUUCUUGCAUUUACAAUUUGAUGAGAUAAUUGCAAAUGAAAGUAGAACAAGAAAUAUGUCAUAUAUAUUUCAUAGAAUAAUGUUUCAAAAAUUCGAGAGACUCUUUCAUAGAUCAGCAAUAUAAUAAAAGACAUGCUUCCAAGACAGAGAUGAUCCGUAACAUAUCGAAAAACUAGUUUGAUCAAUUCAUGAUUUUUAUACAUGAAUUAGUUGCAACAUCAUAGCAAAAAACCCACACUUCUCAUUCAAUGUCUUCACCUUUCUCAUACAUACUCCAUCAUCGUAAACAAAAAAAAAGAGUUAAAAAAAUAAUUGUUGUUAACAAAGUUGAGAACUUGACUCAAAAAGAAUUCUCGUCUUGUAACAAAAUUCAACUUCUAUGCAAAGAAAACUUCUCUCUCUUAUUUUAAUAAUUUUUCUUGUCUCUAUUUUAGACUAUCCAUUACGUUCUCCAUCCAGCGCCAACAUUCAUCCGAAUGCUCGAUGGCAACAAAAUGGUAUCACUGUAGCUGGAGGAAAUCGACAAGGCAAUGGAAUCAAUCAACUCUCAAACCCAUAUGGUUUGUAUGUUGAUGAUGAUCAAACAAUCUAUGUUGCUGAUCGAACGAAUCACCGUAUUGUGGAAUGGAAACGAGGUGCAACAAGUGGCCAAGUGGUUGCCGGUGGAAAUGGACAAGGAAGUGGAGAUCAUCAAUUGUCUUACCCAACAGAUGUGAUUAUCGACAAAGAGAGAGAUAGUCUCAUCAUAUGCGAUACUUCGAAUAGAAGAGUGGUUCGAUGGUCUUGUCGAAAUGGGACAAGUGGAGAAACAAUCAUCUCCAACAUCGAUUGUGUGGGUUUGACAAUGGACGAGAAUGGAUCUCUCUAUGUCACUGAUGACGGAAAACAUGAAGUGAGACGAUAUCGAAGAGGAGAAUCUCAAGGAACAGUGGUUGCAGGUGGCAAUGGAAGUGGAAAUCGUCUCGAUCAACUCUCUUUCCCACAAUACGUAUUCGUCGAUCGAGAUCUUUCAGUGUACGUAUCUGAUGGGAACAAUCAUCGUGUGAUGAAAUGGAUGGAAGGUGCAAAACAAGGCAUUGCCGUGGCUGGUGGUCAAGGAGAAAGAAAUGAUCUUACACAAUUGUCAUCUCCUGAAGGAGUCGUUGUCGAUCAAUUGGGCACUGUCUAUGUGGCUGAUUGGGGGAAUGAUCGAAUCAUGCGUUGGCCUAAAGGAGCCACACAAGGAAGUGUCAUUGUUGGUGGAAACGGUAGUGGAGAACAAUCGAACCAACUCUGUGGGCCCAUCGGUUUGUCAUUUGAUCGACACGGGAAUCUCUAUGUCAUCGAUAGGGGAAAUCAUUGA